CCUGUCGAUGCACACGCCGUGAACUUUCACCCCUCCACCCUGGCGAGUUGUUUUGAUCCAGCAGCCUGACUCUUCUUGUCUUCUUGUCUUUGUCCUCUGCGGCAGCGACCUAAGUACAUGCGGACAUCGGGAGACGAACAUAAAGACGUGAUGGAGAAAGACAAUAAUGGCGUUGUCAAGUAGAAACCGGACGGAAUAUGCUUUUAUCCCCCAGCUAACGUUAGCCGUGAAGCUAACGUAGCGAGGAGCGAUGACAAUGGACUUUUUAGCCUGGACUAACUUCUUUUAAAAGCUUCUUUUCAGCGUCUCUGAAUAACAACACGCACAGAGUCUCCUUUUUGAAGAUCAGGAUACAUCCAUCCCUUUCUUUCAAUGAACGAGGAAAAGCCAGACACUUUGGACUUCGUGAAGGAUUUCCAGGAAUAUCUAAGCCAGCAGACCCAGCAUGUCAACAUGAUAUCAGGCUCGGUCAGCGGGGUCAAAGAGGUGGAUGAAGUACCUGCUGACUACAGUCAGAAUGGGCUGGAUCACCCUGCAGUGGACAUGUCCUUGGAGGACAGCUCAGGGGUCUUGGUGGAUGGUUUUGAGAGAACGUUUGAUGGCAAGCUCAAGUGUCUCUACUGCAACUACGCCACCCGAGGAACGGCACGGCUCGUAGAGCACAUCCGCAUGCACACAGGAGAGAAGCCCCAUCGCUGCCACAUCUGCCCAUUCGCCUCUGCCUACGAGCGCCACCUGGAGGCCCACAUGAGGUCCCACACAGGCGAGAAGCCGUACAAGUGUGAGCUGUGCUCCUUCCGCUGCAGCGACCGCAGCAACCUGUCACACCAUCGUCGCCGGCGCCACAAACUCGUCCCGAAAAAGGACGCUCGCACCCUCUCCCAUAAGAAGAUGAUGAGCGUCCUGCAGAAGAAGGCCAGCUCCCUGAACUACGGCCGCCGCCUCCUCCUCACCUCCUGCCCUUCCUCGGUGGUGACGCCCAGGGUGGACAAAGACUGUGACCAUCAGCUGCCUCACUUACAUCAGGAGACUUAUGAUGAUCUGAGUCAUGCGGGUGAGGAGAGCCUCUCUCGGAAUCCAAGCCAUCAUCAUCCAGACCUCAUCAUGGAUAACCCCCUGAACCAGCUGUCUGUCCUGGCUGGCCAGUGUGCCAGCCUCCCUUCAGCAUCUCCAGGAGCAGACUCCGUCGUCGACGAGAAGCCCCUCAUUAUCCACCAGCCCCUUUCUCCCACCACACCCGAAGCCGCCACAGCCAGUGCGGCACAAGCUUCCUCAUCGUCUCCGAUCACCCCGGAGACCCGCGCGCCCCCGCACAGCAACUGCAGCCCCGCAGGAGGACCCUGCAGCCCCGCAGGAGGACCCUGCAGCGAGCACAGUGGACGGACCAGCACUCCCACCGUCUCCAACAGCCAACCCAGCACCCCAGCCCCCGCCCAGUCCGCCCCCACGCAGGACUCCCACACCAUCCAUCACUGCCAACACUGUGACAUCUUCUUCCCAGACAACAUCCUCUACACCAUCCACAUGGGCUGCCAUGGUUACGAGAACCCAUUCCAGUGCAACAUCUGCGGCCACAAGUGCAGGAGCAAGUAUGACUUUGCCUGCCAUUUUGCUCGCGGGCAGCACAUGUGACGUGCAGAGCAGCUUUGUUUAUUACCGUAUUUCCUUGAAUUGCCGCCAGGUAUAUAGUAUGCGCCUGCCUAGAAUUACUGCCGGAUCAAACUCGUUUCGCAAAAUAAUUAGCGCAUGCAUAGCAUUAACGCCGGAUCAAACUCGUUUCGCAAAAUAUUAUUUUUAUUAGCACAUGUCUAUAAUUUCCGCCAGGUCAAACUCGUUUCGCAAAAUAAUUAGCAUAUGCCUAGAAUUUCUGCCGGCUCAAACUCAUCACGUCACGAGUGACACUUCCCCUUUUCAAAAUGGAGGAGGCUGAUUUCAGUCAUUUGAAAUCGCAUAAAGGGAAGAAGAUUAAGAGCUAUUCAGUAGGAUUUAAGGUCCAAGCUAUUGAAUAUGCUAAAAAGAACAGUAAGCAGCUAUGUUUUAUUAAUAUACCGUAGCUGCGUGUGUCAAAUAUGUGUCAAUAAAUGUCUCCCGCCUCCUGGUGGUAGAGGGCGCUAGUGAUCCUUCUUGCGACUACUCGGCUGCAGAAGAAGUGACAACAAGCAGCAAGAGUGAGCAGAGAUCGUUUAUUUUUUCCUCUCGCUUGCACUUUUAACAUGGAGGAUUACAUAUCUAAAAUAAAACCGUUUUCUAAACUGGACUUUCAAUCGAAGCACUAGGUAAUAAAGGAAGAUCUCCAUCGAGACAGAGAGACUUUUAAAACUGAAGAAAGAUAAGGAAGACUUCUAUAAACAAGUUAUCGAUGCUUUUGAUCAGAAGGAGCUGCGCAUGGACUUCAUUUAUAAGUAAAGGUAAGAUCGUAAUAACAUGUUUUUUUUAUUAAAUGUGCUUUUCAUGAUGGUAUUUUUACAUCACACUCAAAUUUAUAAGCGCAGGCCUAAAUUUACCUUUGGUAAGCGCCGGAGUGAGAAGAGGUUUUAAAAUAAUUAGCGCAUGCAUGCCUUUACCGCAUGCCUUUGGUAAACACCGGAGUGAGUAGAGGUUUUAAAUUAAUUGGCGCCCCGGCGGCAAUUCAAGGAAAUACGGUCCUUUUCCACGGCCUUGAUGUAGCUGCGCUUUGCUGGAAAACACGACAUAUCAGAUGAGUCGGUGCAUGUUUUUAACUCGCCUUGGUCACUGGUGAAGAAUUCUGCAAAGAAGUCUUUUGGCCGCGUGAAAAAAAAAAUGCUUAAAUAGAAGUUGAAAUAGUACAAUACAGUAAGUUUACAUCAAAAAAAGGCACAACAUUGUAUUACAAAAAUAUCUCUUCUUGGAAGACCAAAAUCAUGUAAAAUUAGACCUUAUUCUCGUUAAAACUAAUUUCUCGUUUUUGUGUUAUUUUCUAACUUUAUGUGGAAAAAAAGUCACUAUAAAUCAGGUCGUAAUAUUCUAACAGAAAAAUGUGAAUACUCUUUAAUAUAUUUUUUGUGUCAUUUUAUGUUAAAAAAAAGUUGCAAUGCCACAACAAAAACGUUAUUAUACAGUAUUAAGAAAAAGGUGAUUAAAAGUAAUAAUGAGGUACAAACACCUACAUUUUUCAGUAACACAUGAUCAUUUGUAGCAUAAAACGCUCAUUUUGAAGACUUAGUGUUAAGGUCUACAAACAAUACAUUCGGCAUUUUUGGCCAAUCAACAUCAGGAUUUCCCUUUAGAAUUCAAACUAAUAAAUGUGUCUUUUGACUUUAUUUGAUUAGUUUAUUUUUCAGUGUGGCCCUAAUACUUCUUUGUAUAAUUCAAACAAUGCAGCCAAAAAGGUUGUUUUAAAAAAAGAAAAUCUCGUGGAGUUACAUCUUGAAAGUUUCCACGCUAUCACAUUCUUAAAAGUCACGUGGUGUCACAAGUAUUUCUUGGCAGUGCCUAACAUUUUUAGUGUGAGUGAAUCAUUUAAAUCGUAGCAAAGAAACCAUCUUUUGAUUAACUAUGGGCUGGCUAUAACUUCCCCAAAUCAUUUUCCCACAAUUGCUACUAUUGACAGUAAAACCUGGCCAAUCGUACAAACCCCGUUUCCAUAUGAGUUGGGAAAUUGUGUUAGAUGUAAAUAUAAACGGAAUACAAUUAUUUUCAAAUCCUUUUCAACCCAUAUUCAGUUGAAUGCACUACAGAGACCAGAUAUUUGAUGUUCAAAAUCAUGAACUUUUUUUUUUUUGCAAAUAAUUAACUUAUAAUUUCAUGGCUGCAACAUGUGCCAAAGUAGUUGGGAAAGGGCAUGUUCACCACUGUGUUACAUCACCUUUUCUUUUAACAACACUCAAUAAACGUUUGGGAACUGAGGAAACUAAUUGUUGAAACUUUGAAAGUUGAAUUCUUUCCCAUUCUUGUUUUAUGUAGAGCUUCAGUCGCUCAACAGUCCGGGGUCCCCGCUGUCGUAUUUUACGCUUCAUAAUGCGCCACAGAUUUUCCACGGGAGACCGGUCUGGACUGCAGGCGGGCCAGGAAAUUACCCUCACUCUUUUUUUACGAAGCCACGCUGUUGUAACACGUGCUGAACAUGGCUUGCCAUUGUCUUGCUGAAAUAAGCAGGGGCGUCCAUGAAAAAGACGGCGCUUAGAUGGCAGCAUAUGUUGUUCCAAAAGCUGUAUGUACCUUUCAGCAUUAAUGGUGCCUUCACAGUUGUGUAAGUUACCCAUGCCUUGGGCACUAAUACACCUCCAUACCAUCACAGAUGCUGGCUUUUGAACUUUGCGUCGAUAAAAGCCGGAAUGGUUCGCUUCCCCUUUUGGAAAAUAUUCGACAUGAUGUCGAAUAUUUUCAAAAACAAUUUGAAAUGUGGACUCGUCAGACCACAGAACACUUUUCCACUUUGCAUCAGUCCAUCUUAGAUGAUCUCGGGCCCAGAGAAGCCGGCGGCGUUUCUGGAUGUCGUUUCGCUUUGCAUAGUAGAGCUUUAACUUGCACUUACAGAUGUAGCAACGAACUGUAUUUAGUGACAGUGGUUGUCUGAAGUGUUCCUGAGCCCAUGUGGUGAUAUCCUUUAGAGAUUGAUGUCGGUUUUUGAUACAGUGCCGUCUGAGAGAUCGAAGGUCACGGUCAUUCAGUGUUGGUUUCCGGCCAUGCCGCUUACGUGGAGUGAUUUCUCCAGAUUCUCUAAACCUUUUGAUGAUAUUAUGGAGCGUAGAUGUUGAAAUCCCUAAAUUUCUUGCAAUUGCACUUUGAGAAACUUUGUUCUUAAACUGUUUGACUAUUUGCUCACGCAGUUGUGGACAAAGGGGUGUACCUCGCCCCAUCUUUUCUUGCGAAAGACUGAGCAUUUUUUUGGGAAGCUGCUUUUAUACCCAAUCAUGGCACCCACCUGUUCCCAAUUAGCCUGCACACCUGUGGGAUGUUCCAAAUAAGUGUUUGAUGAGCAUUCCUCAACUUUAUCAGUAUUUAUUGCCACCUUUCCCAACUUCUUUGUCACGUGUUGCUGCCAUCAAAUUCUAAAGUUAAUGAUUAUUUGCAAAAAAAAAAUGUUUAUCAGUUUGAACAUCAAUUAUGUUGUUUUAGUAGCAUAUUCAACUGAAUAUGGGUUGAAAGGGAUUUGCAAAUCAUUGUAUUCCUUUUAUAUUUACAUAUAAUACAAUUUCCCAACUCAUAUGGAAACGGGGUUUGUAUAUUAUGUAUGUCGGCGUCACUAGACUUGAACAAAGUGGUCUUGUUCUGUGUCCUGAGCUUCCUGCCGAGGCCCAGGAAAUGUAACAAUGUGCAAAUUGUUUUAACACCAUGAUCGUUUUGGUAUUGUAUCGAGUUACGUUGCAAAUCCGUAUCCCCAUUACCCCGCGGCUUAUUUAUUAUCCUUCGUGAUAACCCACAUUUGUUUGACCUCUUCUUUUCUGAAUAGGUUCUUUAUAUUGUACUCUCAGUGGUUGGAUCGAUGUUUGUCGUCGGAAUCGUGUUGCAGUACGUCCGCUCCAUUGGCAGGAUUAUCCCGUGUCUGUUGCUAAGCAACGUGUGUAUUUUAAUGCCUUAUGCUGUCACUUUAAUGUCAAAGCCCUUGCAUCCUUUGGGGUGCGAAACACUGUCUUGAAUUCAUUUAGCUUAAUUUAUGAGAAGUAAAGUGUUUUUCUAACUGA